AUGCCGACAUCACAAUCACCUGAAGCCGUGAACGAGAAGCUCUCGACGGCCGCAGCCUGCAAUGACUCCGACGGGGAUACGCUCGACUCAGACAACUAUGAAUGUGGACGUGAAGAGCUUCGGAGUUCGAAUCCGCAGGGUAUGACCUCGUCGCAGCAGGGUGUCGAUGUCGAAAAGGCAGAACAGGACUUUUCGGAACUUAGCCGCCAGUUCUCCAGCAUCUCUCAUCAAGCCCGUCAUAUUUCUAAGCAAGCUUCGCGAGCUUCCAAAACGGGUAUCACGAACGAGGAUGUUGAGAAGUCCGCGAGCUCUGCUGAUUCGGAGGAACAAUGGGAUCUGGAGACUGCUCUGCGGGGCAACCGAGCGGCCGAGGUUGAGGCUGGGAUCAGAGACAAGCACAUAGGCGUGUACUACAAAGACAAGAAAUGA